AUUUGAACGGUGAGUGUCUGGAUUCGAGCCGAUUGGAAUUUUCGCGCCUUUCUCGUUUAUUACAUAUCACGAUUCGUAAUAGUUUCAUGGUCAUAGGGUAUGAGUUUCUGCAAACAUUGUGCGUGAGUCAUGUUGGACUUUGCAGCUUUUUUAACCGACUUCGAAAAGGAGGAGGUUACUCAAUUCGAUCAUGCGGUGAAUCAUUCAAGGAACGAAAGAAAGGCGAUCACGGGUAAAUGGCUUCAGUGACGAGAACGUGAACUUUUGAAGUUAUUAUUAUUAAGAUCAAACAUGCCCGUAAAAUCGGAGUUCAAAGCAAAGAAGAGCAUCGAUGGGACACGCGAGAGUACCAAGCAUGCUGCUACGCAGAACGUGUCUUUGUCGCAUCUUAAAAAAUUACCACCGAUCGACAUUGAAUUCAAUGACCUGGCUUAUACGAUACCUUACGGAAGAAAAGGUUCGAAAGUAAUCUUGAGAGGAGUUUGCGGGCAAUUCAGAUCCGGAGAGUUGACCACGAUCUUGGGUCCUUCGGGUGCAGGGAAGUCUACCUUAUUAAACAUCCUCGCAGCAUACAAAUUGACCGGUGUCACCGGACAAGUAAGCACCAAUGGACAGCUACGAGACGUGGAGUCUUUUAAGAAAAUGUCCUGUUAUAUUAUGCAAGAGGAUCUUAUUCAACCUAGGCUCACGGUAUUCGAGGCGAUGCAAUUUGCCGUGGACUUGAAGCUUGGACACAUUUCCAAAGCAGCGAAACUGACCGCUAUCGAAGAAAUUUUGGACAUCUUACGACUAACCCGUGCGAAAGAUACGAUUUCCGAACGGUUGUCGGGUGGCGAGAAGAAAAGACUUUCCAUUGCGUUGGAACUGGUAAACAAUCCUCCGGUCAUAUUUCUCGACGAACCAACCUCAGGAUUAGACGAAACCUCAGCGGCACAGUGUAUCGAGCUAUUGGAACGUUUAGCGCGAUUAGGAAGAACAGUAAUUUGUUCCAUUCAUACACCAAGUGCGAGGAUUUUCGCGAAAUUCGAUCAUGUCUACGUUGUAGCCAAUGGUCAAUGCGUUUAUAGAAACACCGUGCAAAAUUUGGUACCGUUUCUACAACAGGUCGGUUUGGAAUGCCCGAAACAUUACAAUCCCGCCGAUUUUGUGAUAGACGUAUCUGCUGGCGAAUACGGUCCAGAGUGGAUAACUCGAAUGAUUAACUUCGUGGACACAGAAAUGCCUAUCGUUCCUGUUUCUCGGUCAACGACUUCAAAUCUUCCGGAAAAGACGUUAAAAGUUUCCUGGUACGAUCAAUUCGUUGUUCUCUCGAGAAGGAUGUUCUUACAGUUGUACAGAAAUAGGAGUUACAUGUAUCUAAAGAUAGGGUUACACAUAUUCCUCGGUUUUAUCAUCGGUGGCUUGUUUUUGGAUGUCGGUAACGAUGGGACGAAGACCUUGUUCAAUUUUGGUUUUUGCUUCGCCUGUUUGAUAAUUUUCCUCUACGUACCUAUGUUACCGGUAUUAAUGCAGUUUCCUGCGGAGGUGCAACUUAUUAAACGAGAAUAUUUCAACAUGUGGUACGACUUGAGCCCCUAUUAUUGUGCCUUCACCUUAGUGAACUUACCUGCACAGAUAUUCGUAUCCUCGAUAUAUCUGUCAAUGGUGUACGUAAUUACGGGGCAACCCAUGGAACUCUUUCGAUGCGCAAUGUUUUUUAGCGUUUGUUUUUUGUGUAUGUUCAUAGCUGAAAGUAUGGCCCUGGCUAUAGCCACUAUGUUAAAUAUAGUGAACGGUACCUUCGUUGGACCGGCGAUCACUGUUCCUUUGAUGCUGGUCGCGGUGCAAGGACUGGGUGAAAUGCAAGAUUUGCCUUUUUAUCGUAAAUUGAUAAUGUAUCUGAGCUACAUUCGUUACGGUUUGGAAGGUCUUAUAACCGCCUUGUACGGUUUCAAUCGUGAACAAUUAUAUUGUCCGCCGACAGAAAUAUUCUGUGAAUAUAGCGCACCUCGACUACUUUUACAAAUAAUGCAAAUGGAGCAUGUGGUGUUCUGGGUAGAUUUUCUUGCCUUGAUAAUUAUCCUCAUUCUCCUUAAGAUUCUCACGUAUUAUUUAUUAAGACAAAGACUUAGGCCAAACAAAACAUUCCAAGCACUUCACGUGAUUGGAAGGCUGAUAAAGAGUCGCUUUAAUAUUGAUAAUUAAAAAAGCUAGUCCUUUUCCAUGACGUGUACAAAAUACAAACUGAGAGGAAGAAGUGGAACCGUUUUUUGUUUUCUCAGUGUGAUAGACAGCCAAAUAAGUAAUCUCUAACAAAGAGAUCUGUAUCUUGUAGAUAUAUUGAUAGAAAAAGUUUUUCUACAACGAAAUGUAUCGAAUUAAAAUAUACAAUAUUUAAGAAAGUAA